AUGGAUGGUUGCCUUUUGAAAUGUCUCUCCAACUACCUAAACUUUUCAUUUUUAAUCGACGAGAGUCACCCGACUCAUGGUCGAGUACUGAAAAAUGGUACCAUCACUGGUAGUCUAAGUGACGUGGUUUUCCGCAAAGUGGACUUUAGUGCCAACGAUUGGUUCCUGGUAGACUACCAAACGCGCGAAAUUGAAGUGACAGUACCAUUCAGUUACGAUCAAAUUUGUCCGGUGGUUCCAAAAGCGUUAAAAGUGCCACAGUGGAAGGCCUUUUUCUUCAUUUUUGAUGUAACUUCCUGGGUUCUAUUUUUCUUUAUGUGGAUUUGUUGCAUUUUUGUUUGGGUUGUUCUUAACUCAUCUCGCGAUUUGGCCACAGUUACAUGGGAGAUGUGUGCGGUUUUAUUUGGGAACCCUGUCAAUGUGGUACCACUGCCUCACCAGUAUAUGUUUUUGGGUUCUUGCAUGGUUCUCAAUAUUAUCAUAAUGGGGAUCAUUCAAGGAUCUGUUUUCACUGAUUUUACCACAACGACCUUUUACAACGACAUUGAUACGUUGGUAGAACUGGAUCAAGCUGGACUACGAAUCGCGUCUUCGGGUUGGUAUUUGGAUUUUGAUACAACAAAUUUGAUCACAAGUUUGAAAACAAAGCAGAUAAGAAACUACAAGGGUUCGUAUAAAGACGCAGCUUAUACGCGAAAAUUGGCGGUUUUGGGACGAAAACAAGAUGUGGAACAUAUCGUUAAAGUCGAAUUUGUGGCAGAAGACGGAUCACCACUUCUACAUGUUACAAAUGAAUGUUUACAGACUUUCCUACUGGUCAGUGUUUUUCCAAAAGGUUCCCCGUUUUUAACUACUUUCAAUCACGCAAUUACGAAACUGUUUGAAGCUGGGCUAACUGCAAAAUGGUACCAAGACGUUACAUCUACUGGUACCAUGAUCCAGCAAAUGAAAAAAUUUGCAAACAAAAUUCCCCAAGACUUAUUUUCGCUACGUGAUGCUCAAUUAGCGAUUUAUGUACUAGAAAAUGUGACCCUUUUGGUAGAAUUCCGCAAAGUAAGAGCGAAUUAUGCCAAUCUCCAACUAUGUGUACCAAAGGAAUACCAUCUCUGGACGUGUAUUGUGCCCUAA